CCGCCACGUGGUGCGGUCCGGGCGGGCGGGCGGGCGGUGAGGGCGGCGCGGGGCGGCGGCGGCGCAGUCUGCACCAUGGCUUACCCCGGGCACCCUGGGCAUCCCGGUGGGCACCCCGGCGGGCACCCCGGCGCCGGCGGCGGGUACUACCCAGGUGGGUAUGGAGGGGCCCCGGGAGGGCCUACGUUUCCCGGACAAACGCAGGAUCCGCUGUAUGGUUACUUUGCUGCAGUAGCCGGGCAGGAUGGACAAAUAGAUGCUGAUGAACUGCAGAAAUGCCUGACAGAGUCGGGCAUCGCCGGGGGAUACAAACCUUUUAACCUGGAGACCUGUCGGCUUAUGGUUUCCAUGCUGGAUAGAGAUCUGUCAGGCACCAUGGGUUUCAGUGAAUUUAAGGAGCUCUGGUCUGUACUGAACGGCUGGAGACAGCACUUCACCAGUUUUGACAGCGACAGGAGUGGCACCGUGGAUCCUCAAGAGCUGCAGAAGGCCCUGACAACCAUGGGAUUUCGGUUGAGUCCCCAGGCCGUGAAUUCAAUUGCAAAGCGAUACAGCACCAAUGGGAAGAUCACCUUCGACGACUACAUCGCCUGCUGUGUCAAGCUGCGUGCCCUGACAGAUAACUUCCGAAGGCGGGAUACUGCUCAGCAGGGUGUUGUGAAUUUCCCCUAUGAUGAUUUCAUCCAGUGUGUCAUGAGCAUUUAACUCCGGAGGGCGCCGUGUGAACGGGAUCGACAUUCCAGCGGGCGCACUGGCUUUUGGCUCGCCUUCAGAAACGCGUGUAAACUUGCUUCACCGCUUUUCCUUAACAGCUGUUGUAAAGGUUUAUUACUGUAUGUACCUCUGAAGUUGCUGUUUUCAGUUUAGAUAAUAAAUUCUCUGGAAUUUUUAUUAGGCUAAGAUCAGUUCUGUUAACCAUUUAGAACUUCCUUGAGCCAUUGUUCUGUCUUAUUUUCUUGUUAACCCUGUUUUAUGUGAAGUUAGGUGUGCAGAAUGUGUGAGGCACGUUGUAUACUUUUCACAGUAGGAUACUAAAACCUUCUCAUCAGGCGGCAGCUGCUGUCAUUCCUCCCCUAGAUGGGCUUUUGCGUGGUAUGGAAGCUUUAUGUAGCGCAUAUUCUUUUUCUGUUUUGUUUUGUUAAUCCUCACCCGAGGAUUUUUUUCCCCCAUUGACUUUUAGAGAGUGUGAGAGGGAGGGGGAGAGACAGAAACAUUGAUGUGAGAAAGACACAUCAAUUGGUUGCCUCCCACACAUGCCCCAACAGGGUUGGGGAACAAGCCUGCAACCAAGGUAGGUGCCCUUGACCAGAAUCGGCACCCGGAACCCUUUAAUCCUUGGGCCAACACUCUAACCUCUGAGCCAAACCAGCGAGGGCUGUGUGGAGUAUUCUUAUGUUUUAUACCUAAAGUGAUGCAAAAAAAGAAACUAUGGUAAUCCAUGUCAGAGUUCAUCUUGGUAGAAACUUUAAGGCUUAAGGCCUACAGAUGUUUUGAUUGAUAGUCAUAUGAAUGGAUGGGUACAGGGGUGAUUAUUUCCUGCCUCUUGAAAACCUACUGAAUAAUCUGAAUGGCAAAUACUGUCUGUUACCGAGACCUUCGUCAUCAUCCAUGCAGGCCUUUGUUAACCAUACUUAAAAACCUUGUACAUUCUGAGCUUGACUGUGUAAAAAAGAAAAUUAACAGGAAAAAAAACUAAGGGAGUAUAUGAAACUAUGAGCUAUGAUUGUUUUUGGCUAACAGCAUUCUAGGUGAUUAAACUUCCUUUAUACGUUUCAGUAUCUUCCAAGCUUUCUAUAAUGUGUGUGCUUUCCCUUUAAAAGCAGAUGUUAAUUUUUUAAAUAUUGAUACUUUCAUUUUGAUAUGCCUUGUGUUCACACUGACAUUAAAAAAUGUACACAAC